AUGAAUUGGGUCAUAAUUGCUGCUUUAUUUUUUGUAAUAAUUAAUAAGUUGUUACAGUAUACUUCUAGAUAUCAGGAAGCAUGGAUUAAUAAAUUUUCGAUUUCUUCUGAUAUUAGUUCGUUAUCUAAAGAAUACUCAAAAUUGUCUGCUGAGCGUUUAAAAAUAAAAGAAGAAAACCAGUCUAUAUCUGCUCAGGAUAACUACGCUCGUUGGACUAAAAAUAAUAGAAAAUUAACUAAACUUGAAGGUGAAUUAGAGAAAUUACGUUCGAAUUUGAAAAUCGCUAAAGAUUCUCAAUCAAAAUUGUUUAACAGAUUAAAAUUAUUAACUUUAACUUUGCCUUUCAUGAUUUUAAAGUUAUGGAAGGGGAAAUUCAUAGUUUAUGAUAUCCCAACAAAAGAUACAUUCCCUGUAAUUGUAAAUGGUGUACUAUCCCAAGGUUUAUUGUACAUCCCAUUAUUACCAAUUAAUUUCUUAAGAGGUAUUGAUCCAAACAAACAUAUUCUUGUCCCAGGCGUUUCCCUAGGUAUAUGGUUAAUGGCAUUGACCAAAACUAUCGAUACUGUCGAGUUUAUCGUUAAGCAAUUGGUCUUCCAACCUGUCGUUUCAAAGCAAGUAAAGGAAAAAACUAAGGAAAAGGUUGUUGAAUUGAAAACCACCGAAGCAGAAUUAGAUUAG